AUGAAGCUUGACUCAAUUGGGAUUGCCCAGUUGACAUUGUUGCUUGCGAUUGUGCAGCCCGCAAUGGCUACCUUCGCCAUCUUUGGCGGAGGUCUGUACUUCAACGGGUGUUUCAAACAGCCUGACUACACCUGUACCAAACAGACUGUCUACGCUGACUCUCGCGCCAAAACGGCGUUGUACAAGCGUGACGAUAUCCCUGAAGACCUGGCAGGUGGUGUCGCCCAAGCUGGUGUCCCCAAGGCUGGGUUCGUUGUGUCCAAUGUUGACAAAGCCGCUGGCGAUGAUGACCUCUAUCGGGUGGUUGUUAACUACCAAGCCGACUCCGCCGAUGAUUUGCAAGCCUCGAUCGGUUCGAAGAUUGACAGCUGUGUCAUUUCCAACACCGGUGCCCGUGACGUGACUCUUAUCAAGGGUGUCAACUGGAACGUCGACAACUGGUGUAAGUGGUCAACCUCGUUCCUCUGUAAGCCUGACCGUCCUAAGCCUGACCUUUGUUGCAUUCCUUCUAACUUCCAAAUUAAGAUUGGGUUCAAGUGGGAUACAUCGGACAUUUGCACACAAAUCAGAACUAAGUUUGGUGAGGCCAUCGUUUACGGUAUCGACGCCGCCACUUCGGCUGGUCUUGAAGCCGUUGAUGACCCCACUCAAAUCUUGGACCAACAGGUUGCUCAAAACAAGAAGAGAGAGGACGGCACAUUUGGUGAAUUCACUGCUGAGGAAAAGAGAGACCUUCGUUUUAUUAAGGACUUGCUCCUGAAGUGUACCGUGCCUAAGUUUAACUUCCCGCAAUACUGCUGGCCGUGUGAGUGUGGCCCCAAAUCCAGCUCCACUCCUCCUCCUAAGAGCAGCAGCACGAUUCCUCCCCCUAAGAGCAGCAGCACUCCUCCUCCUCAGAGCAGCUCUACGCCGCCGCCCUCGGUUCCUCCUUGUGAAACUACCACCACCACUAUCGUUCCUCCUCCUUUGACCAGCACGACCACUACCCCGGGUGUUCCUCCUUGUGAAACUUCCACUACCACCAUCGUGCCUCCUCCUUUGACCAGCACUACCACCUCGUCGAAGCCUCCUCCUUCAGAAUCGUCGUCGACUCCUCCCCCCACUGGUCCCACUGGUCCCACUGAAUCGUCGUCGACUCCUCCCCCCACUGGUCCCACUGGUCCCACUGAAUCGUCGUCGACUCCUCCUCCCACUGGUCCCUCUGGCACUGAAUCGUCGUCGACUCCUCCUCCCACUGGUCCCUCUGGUACUGAAUCGUCGUCGACUCCUCCCCCCACUGGUCCCACUGGUCCCACUGAGUCGGGGUCUGUGCCUCCUCCCUCUGGCACUGAAUCGUCGUCGACUCCUCCUCCCACUGGUCUUGAGCUGACUUCGCCUCCCCCCACUGGUCCUACCGGAACCAUUCCCACUGGUUCUUGCUUCACUACUACCAAGACCACUACCACGACUUCGACUACGACCACCACGUCCACCACUGGGACUCCCACUGGUCCCACUGAGUCGGGGUCUGUGCCUCCUCCCUCUGGCACUGAAUCGUCGUCGACUCCUCCUCCCACUGGUCCCUCUGGUACUGAAUCGUCGUCAACUCCUCCCCCCACUGGUCCCACUGGUACUGAAUCGUCGUCGACUCCUCCUCCCACUGGUCCCUCUGAAACUGGGUCGUCGGGUACCUUACCUCCCCCCACUGAGUCGCUGUCAUACUGCCCGUGUGCUCCGACUCCGGAAACUGUGACCGUUCCUGGCGAGCGUGUUACAAUCACGGUUCCUGGUGCUGAAACUACUGUGACUGUCGCUUCGACUGUGUACGUCACUACCCCCCUUAAGGCUUGGGCUUAA